AUUUUUCUUCAAAACAAAACAAUGUCAAAAGUUAGGGUGAACGAUUCUUGAAAUAGUCGAGGGAAAACAAUGUCUCUGAUGCUCAACGGCCACAAACACAUUUCAGUAUCAACGUCCGCCAAAAGGACGCCUGUACGAUAUUCAGAACCAGCCCCCUUCGAGAAGUUAAAUUGGUUAAUCCACUUGUUGCAUGUUCGAGGUGACACCGGAGCGUGUAGAGAAUUGAUAGAGGACGAAAUUGAUAAUACAGGAGGACGGAAUGAGUUUCUUUACUACAAAAAGGGUUUGCUACUGAGAAAUGAGGGCAGGAUCUCAGAAGCUUUGGAAGCAUUCCAGAUAUGCUUGCGUAUCAGUCCAGAUAAUCCGGACAAUAUAAUGGAAAUUGGGAGCUGCUUAUUCGAACUGAAACGAUAUAAGUUAGCUUUGGAUGCUUACAAGGAAGCCGAAAGAAUAUCCAAUUCUCCAGACUGGCAGAUAUUUCACAGAAUCGCGAUGAUUCUACUUUUAAAUGAAGAUAUUGACGGAGCAAAGGAUUACGUAAGGAAGGCAGUUGAACAUGGAAAGAACGAGAUCUCCUAUGCACUUCUAGUGAGAAUUCUGAAAGAAGAACGAGAUUUCAAAUCCGCUCUAGCAGUAUGCAGAACAGCUAUAGAAUCUUGUCCCGACAGUUUAGAGAUGAUGUGUGAAGCAGGUUUUCUUCACCUACGACUUGGUGAAGAUCAACAUGCUUUCGAGAGAUUCAGCGAUGCACUUGCCUUCAAUCCGUACUGCUCAAAGGCCUUACUUGGAAUUGGCUAUGUGACACAGAGCCAUGGAGAAAUUGACGUUGCGCUCAGCAAAUACAAAUCGGCGAUCCAGUUCCAACCGAACUCCGUCGCAUUAUGGAACAACAUUGGUAUAUGUUUUCAUUCUCUGCAGAAGCAUAUUGCGUCGAUGAGCUGUCUGAAACGAGCUCUUUGGAUGGCACCUUUGAACUGGAAAAUUUUGUUCAACCUUGGCCUAGUUCACCUGUCCAUUCAUCAACAAGCUUCUGCCUUCAACUUCUUAUGUGCGGCUGUGAACCUAAGACCAGAUGCUGCAGGAGUUUUCAACGCCUUAGGAUGUAGCCUGAUGGAAUUGCAGGAUCCAGUAAAUGCUUUGCGAGCUUUCAAUCAAGCAUCCCUUCUUGCUCCACAUGACAUCAACAGUAUUCUGAACGCUACACUCUGUCUGGCUCUCAUUGGAGAUUUGGUAAAAUUCCAUCAGAAUAUGCAGGAAAUCGGGGAAUUCAUCAAUAGCCAUCCCAACGUACCCAAAGAGACUACGGAACUAUAUAAUCAACUCACCAAUGUUCCCCCCGAAGCCCUGAGUCUAUCCGCAAACGAGGGCUCCUCGACGAUGAAACCAAAUGCAAUCACAAAAGACGGAACAACGAAGAAAGGCCUCCCUGAGAAGUCGGAGACAAGAGGAAUUAGUGUACAGAGGCAUGGUGAAAUGGCAUCCGAUGAAGUAUAAAAUUUCGAAUACAAGUAUUGGAAUUACUCGGAUGAUUUGUGCACAUUAAAUAUUCAACCAAU